UAUGGCUGAGUCCUCACUGCGCAGUGCGCAGACUCCUCAGAGCUCGCAAGAACUUCAGAGACGCUAACCUCAAGAGUUUUUAGGUAAAGUUCGAUUAAAUAAAGGUAAACGAUGGAAUUUGGCUGGUUAAUCUAAACGGCGGUUACUGGGAAUUAACCUGCCGUUAAAAUGUGGAACGUGCAGCUCGUAACCGAGGAUUAACUUUUUAACCGGACAUUGCCUGUUACACUUGCUUAAAAAAUAGGAAAUAAUACGUUUCAAAUAUUCAAGUUUAUCGGCAAUUGUUAAGUGAAUAAUAGAAAAGAAAAAUGAGUCGCAGAGAUGUGACGUCAACAUGCGACGAAUUGGCAGCAGGUCCGUCAAAGCAGCCAAGAAUUGAAACUGAAUCGUCAUUUAAUAGUGCCUUCAGUAAUUUGAAAACCUCUGAAUUCUUUAAGGAUUUUCCAGAGUGUUCUAAAGACGAGUCAUGUAUCGGACCUAAAAGCGGACCAAAGUUAAACACACUCCUAGUCAACCCGAAACAGAAAGGAAACCCAUUACUGAAAUUCAUUACCAAUGUUCCCUGGGAGUUUUCCGAUGUCGUUCCUGAUUAUGUCAUGGGGCGAACCAUGUGCGCCCUCUUCUUGUCUCUACGUUAUCAUCAACUGAAUCCAGAUUAUAUCCACGAUCGACUGAAGCUCCUGGGAAAUGCAUUCACUCUGCGCGUUCUCGUAGUGCAAAUAGAUAUUGCCGAGCCUCAUCACGCAUUAAAGCAUCUCACCAGGAUCUGCAUUCUUGCGGACCUGACUUUAAUGUUGGCCUGGGAUGCUGAAGAUGCUGGGAAAAUUAUCGAAACUUAUAAGAUCUACGAAAACAAACCACCUGACACGCUCAUGAAGCGCGUAGAUAAAAUACCGCAAGAAAGGAUAAUAAGCGCUUUGACCACAAUGAGACCGAUCAACAAAACCGAUGCCAUGACUCUCUUGUCAACUUUUGGAUCAUUAGCUGGGAUCGUUAAGGCACCGUUGAGUGCUUUAAGACUUUGUCCUGGUUUCGGUGCUCACAAAGCCGAAUACUUGUACAAAACAUUGCACGAGCCGUUUCUAAAGAAAACAGAGACGGAGAAGAAAAAAGAUAAACCAUCGACAAGCACUGAAUCCUGAUAUUAGAGACCUAAGCAACAACCAUCAUACAAAUCAUCAUACAAGUGUCGACACUGUACAUAAUAAAAGUUUUUAUUUUUCCA